AUGUUUUUCACAGAUCCUGUGCUUCUACACUAUCACCAGACUCAGCUUCCCAAAAUGAUCCCUAAUCAUUCUACUUUUCAAUCAGUUCAACAAGUUCUCACGAAUGGCUUCUUCACCGGCGAUGACACUACAUUGAAUCUUGACCGUGACAUGGCUUUGCCAGAGCAGGGUGUUAUCAGCUCCACUGGUGCAGUGUUUCCCGGCGAGGAUGACAACGCUGUGAAACCAGGUGGUGGUGAUGACAGAGUAAAUGGUAAUAACGACGCAGUAUCUGUGGCGCGUGAGGGGAACGGGCCGCCAAGACGGAGGAAUUACCGAGGCGUGAGGUGGCGGCCUUGGGGGAAGUUUGCGGCUGAGAUCCGGAACCCAAAGAGAAACGGUGCGAGGACAUGGUUGGGAACUUAUAAGAAGAAAGAGGAUGCGGCUCUGGCUUAUGAUAGAGCCGCUUUCAAGAUGAGAGGCAGAAAAGCCAAGGGUGCUAGUAGCUCCACUGGCCCAGUGUUUCCUAGCGAGAAUGACAAUGCUGUGAAACCAGGUGUUGGUGAUGAUAGAGUACACGGUAAUAACAAAGCAGGAUCUGUGGCGUGUGAGGGGAUGAAGGAAUUACCGAGGCGUGCGGCGGCGGCGGCCGUGGGGAAAGUUUGCGGCUGA